AUGGCGGCACUGGGUGCUCCGCCAAGCUUCCUAGACAACUUGCGCUUCUCUGACAUUCCCGAUGCUAUCGAUAUCCCCGCCUCGAGCUUCGACAGCGAAGUCGAAGUCAGUCUCCUUGACCUCCCGGAAGACCCAACUGAGCUCUGCACCUUGCUUGAGAAUGAGCGAGCCGCCAAGAACUUCUGGGUCAUCAUUGCCCUCGCCUACGCAAAGCGGAAGCAGAUCGACCAUGCCAUUGAUAUCUUGAACAAAGGCUUGGCCUCGGUGGCCCACAGUGCCACCAAGGAAAAACUCGGGCUCCUGGGCUGGGUGUGCUGGCUGCUGAUGCUAAAGAGUCGUCAAGCGCCCCGAGUUGCACCGGAAGGAGAACUCUACUCGGAAGCCAAAACCAAGGAUCAUUAUCUGCAGCUGGCCACUUCGACGUUGAAUGAAGCUUCGCGACUCAACCCGGCAUACCCUCCACUCUUCCUCGCCCGUGGUGUCCUGUGUCUGCUCCGUGCAUCUCUCUAUCCCCCUCGUGCUGCGCGCCCUGGCGUGGUCGACUCGUCUGAGAGGGUCGAAUCCCUACGACAGGCGCUGAAAUGUUUCGACGAAUCCUCCAAGGCCUUUGGUGGCCGAAAUGUCAUGGCUAUUCUCGGGCGAGCUCGUGCACACUACAUGCUGGGAAGAUAUGGAGAGGCCCUUGAAGGAUAUCAAAAGGUCCUCAUGAAGGUUCCCAACCUCAAAGACCCCGAUCCUCGCAUUGGACUGGGAUGCUGCAUGUGGCAGCUUGGCUUCAAGGACAACGCGAAAGCAGCCUGGGAAAGAGCCCUCGCCUUGAACCCCAAUUCCAAGGUCGCAAACAUCCUGCUCGCUGUUUACCACCUCUACGACAGCUCUCGCCGACCAACCACCGACCCGAUGUUCGGAUCCCUGUACAAAGUUGCCAUGACCCAAUAUACCCAGAAAGCAUUCAAGCUAGAUAAGGAAUAUCCUAUGACCUCCAUCGAACAAACCGACGUCAUGCCUAUUGCAAGUGACGGAUGGUAUCUACUCGGUCGGAAAUCGCACUAUGAAAAUGACAACGCACGCGCCAUGGAGUACUAUAACAGGUCCGACCAGGCCCGCGGUGGCGGAGACAAGGGAUAUCUGCCUGCGAAAUUCGGCGCCGUGCAGAUCCAAGUCUCCAAUAAAGAUUACGACGGUGCUAAAUUCCGACUGGAAAAGAUUGUGCAACAAUCCAAAAACGCAGAGGCUAUGGUCCUACUUGCAGCGCUACAUGCUGAAGAAAUUUUCGCGGCUCAGCGGGCUGGUAGCAAAGACGACAAGUCAAAUGAGACCAAACGUGCAAUCACUCUUCUGGAGUCGGUGCGUGCCAUGUGGAAGGAUGAGAAGCAAAGAGUCACUCCAGACGAGUCGGUUCUGGUUUACCUUUCUCGUCUUUAUGAGACAACAGCCCCUGAGAAGAGUAUGCAAUGUCUCACUCAACUCGAGGAACUUCAGCUGAGCGCCAUCCCUGAGACUUCCCGUCCAGAAGGGAUCGAAAAUGAGGAAGAUUUGAAGAAUGCUCUCCGUGAGAACCUCCCUCCGCAGUUGCUCAACAAUAUGGGCUGCUUCCUGUAUCAGAGUGAAAAGAUCGCUCUGGCUCGUGGCAUGUUCCAGUCCGCUUUGAACGCCUGUGUUCAGUCCGAGGAGACAGAAACGAAGGUAGACAACGAUGCAAUAGUCACCACGGUCAGCUAUAACCUCGCCCGAACGUACGAGGCAGCAGAUAUGUGGGAAGAAGCCAAGAAAAUCUAUGAAGGCGUCCUUGAACGCCACAAGGAUUACACAGAUGCUAGCGCUCGGCUUACUUACAUCAGCCUCCGCCAGAGCCCUACCGACCAAGGUCCCAAGAACAUUGCCAAGCUUUUCGAAAGCGAACCCUCUAACCUCGAGGUCCGGGCCCUUUUCGGUUGGUACGCCAGCAAAUCCAAGAAGCGUGGUGUCAACCUUGCCGAGGAUCCCGAGCAACGAACCUACAAACACACACUACAGUACCACGAUAAGCACGACCGCUAUGCUCUGACUGCCCGUGAUAUGCGCCGCGAUACGGAGCAAGAGAAGGAAAAGCGUCGCAAGAUCUACCAGCGUGCCGUCGAAUUCUUCGACAAGGCUCUGCAAUUGGACCCAAAGAACGCCUAUGCUGCCCAGGGUAUCGCUAUUGCCCUUGUGGACGACAAAAAAGACUACAGUUCUGCCGUCCAGAUUCUCUCCAAGGUCAAGGAUUCUUUGAAGGACGCCAGCAUUUAUCUCAACUUGGGCCAUGUCUACGCCGAACUUCGACAAUACUCGCGCUCGAUCGAACACUACGAGGCUGCUCUGGCCAAGGACCGUGCUCGUGAUGUUCAGAUCCUCGCCUGCCUGGGCCGUGUCUGGCUCGCGCGGGGCAAGCAGGAGCACAGCCUGGCGGCAAUGAAAACAGCCCUCGAUUAUGCCCAGCGAGCCCAGAGCAUCGCGCCCGAUCAGUUACACUUGCAGUUCAAUGUCGCUUUUGUCCAAAACCAGAUCGCCCAGCUUGCCUACGGUCUUGAAGCCACGCAAAAGACUCUGCAGGAUGUGCAGGAAGCCGCAGAUGGACUCAAGGAGGCCAUCGAGACUUUCCAACGUCUUUCCGAGGAGAAGAACCCACCCUACCCGAGUGACGCACUGAAGCAGCGUGCGAACAUGGGCGGGACUAUUACCAAGCAGCUUGACCGAGCGAUGCAAAACCAAAAGGAGUACGAGGAGAAAAACGCUGCUAAGCUCCAGCAAGCCCGCGAGAUUCGUGAAGCUGCGCAAAAGAAGCGCGAGGAGGAGCUGCGCAAAGCCCAAGAGAUCGAGCAGGAGCGCAAAAACAAAAUUGCUGCCGAACGUGCCCAGAUGGUCGAAGACGCGCAGCGACGCGCAAUGCAGCGUGCUGAAGCCGAGCGCGCCCGUGAAGCGGCGGAACUGACCGACGACUCCGUUACGGGCGAGAAGGUCAAGCGCAAGAAGAAGCCUACCUCCAAGCGCAAGAAGAAGGGCGGUGAUGACUUUAUCGCCCCCGACGACGAGGGCGACCACGAUGGCGCCAGUCGCCGGCGUCUCGAGCGUCGCUCUGGCGGGAAAGCUACCGCUUCCCAGGGCAAGUUCAAGAGCAGCGAAAUCGUGGUUGAUUCGGACGAUGAGGAUGUCGCUGCUACGCCGGGCGACAACAAAGAUGAUUUGUUCGGUGAGGACGAGAAGAUGCAGGACGAGGACGUCUCUGCGCCCCGUCGGCGCAAUAAGGCUUCCCGUCGCAUUGACGAUGAUGAGGAUGAGGACGAGGAAGAUGCGGCACCCGUCCUGAAUGCUGACAACCAAGAUGAUGAUGAGGAUGAUCUUUUUGGCGACAAGGCUAAGCCCGCAGAAGAUGCCGAAAUGCAAAACGAGUGA